GUCUCCAAGCAACGCUUUGACGAAAUGGAGGAAAAGGGUAGAGAGACGACGAAGCGCCUGGAGAUGGCACGAGAAGAAUUACAUGGGCUUCGUGCAGAGGAUGGCGAGUCUCCUGUGCGUUCCACUGUAGAGGAUGCAAAGGCCAUCCUUGCGCAGAAGACAGCGAAGCUAAACCAGCAGACGCUUCAGGUUGAGAAGCUCGAAAAGGAGCUCCAAGACAACCGCGAGCAGCUGGAGAAGCAGAGUUUGAGGAUGGCGGAAGUCCAUGCAGAGGCGACGGAAUUUGAGAUGAAGAGCAAGUGCCUUGAUGAGCGGAAACUGCAGCUGCAGCAGGACCUCGAAGACAAGCCCGGAGCUGAGAAGCCAAACUUGAUUGGAUCGGGAAUGUUCAAAGGCUUGCGGAGGACACCGCAGAUGCUGCAAUUGCGGAGGCUGUUGCUUCACCUCCACCUGAUCCGCCUGAUCCGGCCAAGCCGGGUCACGGGAGUGGAGCAGAGGAAGAAUCACGAACAUCACGUGAACGCAUUGGCUUCUGCCGAUCCUGGUGCAAAGAGCAGCCGGCGCAGUGCCAAAGACAGCAUUGCCCGCAGUGUUCGCCAAGCUGGUCUAGCAGACCAUGAGGACAAGAUUCAGGUGGUCCACCUUUCUGCCGUGCUGGCGGCACUGGAAAUCCCCGAGCAGCAUGUGCAAACUUUGGCUGCUGCUUCGGGUGCCAUUAAGGAGGAUGGAAUCCACCUUUCCUCCUUCCUGGAAUGGAUAUUUCCAGAGGAAGACAGCGAGCCGCCGCCCCCACCACCUCCAGUUGCUGCAGAGGCCAAGGGCUUGGAGAUGGAACGAGGCUCGGGAAGCAUGCUCGAACAGCUUUAUUCUGGGAGCCUCACUCUUGAGGACACCUGGGUGCAAGCUAGCUUCAUGCUCCAGCUGGACGAGCUGCUUCGGGCUCAUCCGUACCUCGAGCCUGACCAAAAUGCAGCGACGGUCCAUCCACUCCAGUACUGGGUGACGAGGUGUCGGGAGUCGUUUGUCAAGAAGAAGUUUGGUGACGCGCAGGACUCGCUCCGGCGUUUGCUGGCAAGCCUGCGCACGGACCAGCGUCAAAUCGCCGAGGCUUUUCGCCGCUUCGACGCCGAUUCUUCUGGGCACUUGGAUGCCAACGAAUGCAAGAAUAUGUGCGCCUAUCUCGGUUGGGGUCUCGAGGAGGCCAGCCUCAUGGAUCUGGACAAAGAUGGUCGCAUCACUCUUGCCGACUUCCAGGGCUUUGUGGGGCGCAUGGGAGGCGUCCAGCAGCUAUUCGAGCACCGCCGUUUGCGGAUCUCCUCCAGCAGAAAG